CUUUUAUUUGCGCCAUUUUGGAUGAGGGCACUUUCUCGGCUGGAUGUGUAUUGUCUGUCAAGAGAAGAAUGGGACACGGAAGCAUGUCGUUAUUAACAUAGGGACGUUUUCCCAAGAUUAUUAGACAUGUCUUUUUCCUUUACUUGAACACGUGUCUCCCCUCUCCAAUCUUUAAAUCGUCACAUGAGGCAAGGAACGUGUGUGUUUCUGCUUGCUGAGCAGAGGAAGGAGGAGAGCCCGUUUCGGCGAGGGAAACCAACGGAGGGGUGACUGAUUCUACUGACUCGACUCGACUCUCUCCUCCAAUUCGGACCUCACCUGUACGGAUAUCGGCAACUGAGCGGGCAGGGGGGAGUACUGGAAGGGUCACUCCAUCGCUUCGGUCGUCCCCGCCGGGGUGACGCUCUCCACUCAAAACGCCAGACGCGGAUGUAAGAGCAGGCCACCAGAAUGUUUCAGCUCCCUGUCAACAACCUGGGCAGCCUACGCAAAGCUCGGAAAAAUGUUAAGAGGGCUCUGGGAGACAUCGGCUUGGAGUACUGCAGAGAUCAUCUUGAGGACUUUAAAGCCUAUACCCCCCCAGAGGUGUAUAUAAAGCACACGUCUUGGGAGGAUGUGUGCAUGUGGGAGCCAUCGCAUACCAAAGUCCAGGACUACAGAUCCAAACCUUUCUGCUGCUCCGGUUGCCUCUUCUCAUCCAAAUAUUUCUCAGCGUACAAGAGCCACUUCCGCAAUGUCCACAGCGAAGACUUUGAGAACAACAUCCUGCUUAACUGCCCCUACUGCACAUACAACGGGAACAAAAAGAGCCUGGAGACGCACAUCAAACUUUUCCACAUGCCCAGCAACAACACCAUGCGCCAGGGUCCCGGCGCCAUGCUGGGCGUCGCCAGUGGUCUCAUGAAUAAGGAUGGCCUCCUAAAGAGGCCAGGGGACAGCAUUGAACAGGCCGUUUACUACUGUAAAAAGUGCACCUAUCGGGACCCUCUGUACAAUGUGGUGCGAAAACACAUCUACAGGGAACACUUCCAGCAGGUGGCUCAGCCUUACAUCGCAAAACCAGGAGAGAAGACAAACACUGCCAAUGGCAGUCCCACCACAAAAGCGGACGGUAUCGGCGCACACAGUGCUACGAGUCAUCAGAUCCACUGCAAGAAGUGUCUCUUUGUCCCAAGGACCUAUGAGGCACUUGUUCAACACGUCAUCGAGGACCAUGAGAGGAUUGGCUACCAGGUGACUGCCAUGAUUGGCCACACCAGCGUGAUCGUCCCGCGGCCUAAACCUAUCCUGCUGAUGCCCCCGAAAACACACGGAGACAAGACCAUAAUUGGCAUGGGUCCGAAGGGGGCCGUCAUGGCCACCAGCAGGCCAUCGGCUUCUCAGCCGAUGGCCCGGGUUGCCACCACAUCAAAGCCGAGCUUCAUUUCUCAAAGUCUCCUCGCCGGGAAUAAACAUGAGUCAGUCGGCUUAAAGUCAGGGACCAACCAGCCAUUCUGUUUCGCAGGCCAACAGGCAAAGCCCAUCCUGCCGGCGAACGCCCAGGUUUCUCUGCAGCCACACUCGGCAAAACAUCACUUCUCCGGAGGCAGUCUGCGGAGCCCGGUAGUGGUCAGCGCCGUGUCCUCCCUCAAGUCCAACCCCCUGGGUUCACGAGUCCAGGCGGCGGCCACCACCUUUGCAUCAAUCACCGCCAAGAAAAGUGGCUCGUCUGUCCUCAGCACAUCUUGCACCCAGAAGUGGAAAAUUUGCACCAUUUGCAAUGAGCUCUUCCCAGAGAACGUUUACAGUUCUCACUUUGAGAAAGAGCAUAAAGCCGAGAAGGUUCCUGCCGUGGCCAAUUACAUCAUGAAGAUUCACAACUUCACCAGCAAGUGUCUCUACUGCAACCGCUAUCUCCCCAGCGAUACCUUGUUGAACCACAUGCUCAUACACGGCUUGUCCUGCUCACACUGCCGCGCCACCUUCAAUGACGUGGAGAAGAUGGUGGCUCAUAUGCGUCUGUCGCAUCCAAACGAGCCGGUGGGCCCUCGCACCGAUUCGCCCCUGACCUUCGAUCUCACCCUGCAGCAGGGCAAUCCAAAGAACGUUCAGUUGAUUGUGACUACCUACAACAUGAAAGAUGCCCCAGAGGAGUCCGUGGCUUUUCAUGCACUUAACACAUCCAUAUCGCCUUCCCUGUCCACCUCCCUGCUGUCAGCCAAGAGGUUGUUGUCUCACCACCCACCUAAAAUACACUCGGGUGUACCUGACAGUGCAUCUCUCAAGAAUGUCCCACAAACGUCUGUACCAUACAAGAGGGACGUGGGAAAGACCCUCUGUCCCCUGUGCUUCUCCAUCCUCAAGGGCCCCAUCUCGGACUCUCUGUCCCACCAUUUAAGAGACAAGCAUCAAGUCAUUCAGACUGUCCACCCGGUAGAGAAGAAACUAACCUAUAAGUGUAUUCACUGCCUUGGUGUAUACACAAGUAACAUGACUGCCUCCACCAUCACCUUACACUUGGUGCACUGUCGAGGUGUAGGCAAGUCCCACAAUGGACAAGAUAAGUCCGCUCAUGCCUCCCGAAUCAGUCAGGGGCUGGGCAGCGCCGUGAAACGAGCCGCCCUCGAAAGUACUGAUGCUAGUCCACCAAAAAAGAAGAGGCGAGGACCUCCUGGGGAGAGAGCACACCCGAGAGAUAUGAACGGUUCAUUUGACGAAAACCCUGAGGACCCCAUCGCCCUUGCCCUCGAUCCCAAAGGACUUCAAAACGAGUCGUACGAAUCGAGAAAGGCGUUUCUCACUCGAUAUUUCAAUCGAGUGCCCUACGUCACGCAGCGAGAGGUUGAGAAGCUGGCGGCUGGUCUGUGGCUGUGGAAGUCGGACAUCACGAGCCACUUUGUCAACACGCGCAGAAAAUGUACGCAGGAAUGCGAAAGCCACAACCCUGGCGUCUUACUCGGAUUCAGCAUGCACGAAGUUGGCCAAGUGAGCCACGGGCUGACGUUGGACACGGUCAGCGGCUCAUGCCAGAGCCAACCAGGCCAAAGGCGCACGUCCAGGACGCGCUUGGGACUGUCAGAACGAGCCCGCCAAAGGCGCAAGGAGUUGGUCGCUGCGAAUGGCGGCGCCGGGAUCGUCAAGGGUUUUACUCCCCAACUGAACUUCACCACAGACCAAACCGAGACAAUCAACAGCGUCCUACUGCACAAAACGCCCGUAGGCCCCACCGAGCCCAUCGCCAUCGACUCCGACAGUGAAGACGACGUCCAGCGGGAGUCGUCACGAGCGCUCAGUCACGCUCCAGGAACUGAGGAGAGAACGGAGCUCACGGCGGGGGCCACGGUUGCAUCAGACCUACAAGACGCGUUUGAAGACGACGAUGAGGAUGACGACGACGAUGACGAUGAUGACGACGACGAGGAUGAAGGGGUGCACUUUGAGAACGGCUUUGGGCCCACUGAGGCAGCCACAGGAAGGGAUGCGCUCCCCAUUAUUAUUCCCAAAUUUGUACCCUCGUCUGCUCGGCGGGGUGGCGACGGAGCACAGCUGGGUAAGCAGCAGCAGGUCUGACUACAAAGACCUGCAGCCCCACACCAACAAAUCUGCCUCACCUGGACCCAAGGAUCACACAAAGGAACUCCAAACAAGCCAUCCAACGACAUUAGGAUUUACUCGACAGCACUGGACAAUGUGCCAGCUUCAAAGAGUACACCCUGAGUUUUUAGCAAACUAGACUAACUAAAUAUUAAGUAUUUUGGCUUACACCAACCAAAAGGCUUUAGCAUUGAUUUAGCCACUGGAUUUGUAAACAUGACAAGAUGAUCCAUCUUUUUUUGUCUUAGUUUUUCUGAAAAGUUGUAAAUUUGUACAGUCUUUGACGCGUUUGGACAGAUGUUGCCGUACAUCUUCUCUUGGAUAUUUGCGAUAAAGUCAAAGGUAGACAUCACUCUGCUUCAUGAUAGGUGUUGCUUUGGUGGCUGGUCUUUUCUUAUAUGUUAAUUUUAUUUUUUAACGAUAAGUAAUUCUUCUUUUGCAAAAUAAGAUAUGAAUAAAUAAUUCUGUUAAAUUGGUCAUUUUAUUUUAGCACAGAGCUGUUCUCGUUUGAGGAGAUUACAGUAUUUUUGCAGCUUUGUGCUUAUUAGCCAUGACUGCAGUCUAUUGCUGUUUUUAGCAUUACCUGUUAUCUUCGCUCCUCCCCCACUCACACAUAAACAACUGAUGACUGGAUGGUAACAUCACAUUUAAAAUAUAUAUAUUUACCUCAUGUUUCUUUAAUUCAUGUGUGUUUGUUUUACACAAGUUUAUUUUCCACUUGCUUAUUUAAAAAUAAAGUGCUGUGAAUGUUUCUCACAGGAAUGUUGGCCAAA